AUGGGUGUGACGUUGGUGGAGUCGGCCGAUGCUGUCAAAUAUGGAUGGGUGGCUAAAGAAUUGGUGGGGACCCCGUCAAUUAUGAAUAAUGAAGUGGAAAUAGAUGUUGACAUCAUGGUCGGCAGCCCUUUAGAUUGUUCAGUUCUUCCUAGGGGUGUCAAUAAUAAUAAUAGUAAUGAGGAGAGGGGUGUCAAUAAUAAUAAUAAUAAUAAUAAUAAUAAUAAUAAUAAUAAUAAUAAUAAUAAUAAUAAUAAUAAUAAUAAUAAUAAUAAUAAUAAUAAUAAUAAUAAUAAUAAUAAUAAUAAUAAUAAUAAUGAUAAUAAUAAUGAUAAUAAUAAUGAUAAUAAUAAUCAUAAUAAUAAUAAUAAUAAUAAUCAUGAUCAUAAUAAUAAUAAUAAUAAUAAUAAUAAUAAUAAUAAUAAUAAUAAUAAUAAUAAUAAUAAUAAUAAUAAUAAUAAUAAUAAUAAUAAUAAUAAUAAUAAUAAUAAUAAUAAUAAUAAUAAUAAUAAUAAUAAUAAUAAUAAUAAUAAUAAUAAUAAUAAUAAUAAUAAUAAUAAUAAUAAUAAUAAUAAUAAUAAUAAUAAUAAUAAUAAUAAUAAUAAUAAUAAUAAUAAUAAUAAUAAUAAUAAUAAUAAUAAUAAUAAUAAUAAUAAUAAUAAUAAUAAUAAUAAUAAUAAUAAUAAUAAUAAUAAUAAUAAUAAUAAUAAUAAUAAUAAUAAUAAUAAUAAUAAUAAUAAUAAUAAUAAUAAUAAUAAUAAUAAUAAUAAUAAUAAUAAUAAUAAUAAUAAUAAUAAUAAUAAUAAUAAUAAUAAUAAUAAUAAUAAUAAUAAUAAUAAUAAUAAUAAUAAUAAUAAUAAUAAUAAUAAUAAUAAUAAUAAUAAUAAUAAUAAUAAUAAUAAUAAUAAUAAUAAUAAUAAUAAUAAUAAUAAUAAUAAUAAUAAUAAUAAUAAUAAUAAUAAUAAUAAUAAUAAUAAUAAUAAUAAUAAUAAUAAUAAUAAUAAUAAUAAUAAUAAUAAUAAUAAUAAUAAU